AUGAAUGCACAGAAAGUUGUUUUGUGUUGCUGUUGGGUGGUGCUGUUUUUGCACACUUGCCUUAGCCAGAAGGACUGCACAGGUGUGGACUGCCCGGUUCUAGAGAACUGCAUUGAAUCCGCCCUAGACGCAAAUACCUGCUGUCCCACCUGUAGACAAAGAGGCUGUUCCUGUGAAGGUUACCAGUACUACGACUGUGUCCAAGCGGGCUUCCGCGAAGGGAAAGUCCCAGAGAAGGAAUCUUAUUUUGUGGAUUUUGGAAGCACUGAAUGUGCGUGUCCUGAGGGUGGAGGGAAGAUAAGUUGCCAUUAUAUUGAGUGCCCUGAAAUUUCCCCAAACUGCAUUGAUAUUUUGGAGUUUGCUGAUGGAUGUCCGCAAUGUGGGCAAAUUGGUUGUACCCACGGCAACAAGAAAUUUGAGGCAGGGCACACAUUUCAGAUAGAUCAGUGUCAAUUUUGCCACUGUCCGAAUGAUGGAGGCAAGCUAAUGUGCUCGCCCAUUCCUGACUGUGACCUCCAAAGUGUUAAUAAGACCACACAGGCUGCUACCACUGAGAACAACAAAUCUCUAGCAGACACGAACAGCCAUCUCUCUACAACCAAGUUUGUGCAGGGAAACACUCUCCCACUGUAUAAAUCUGAUCCACCCAGUUUUGGCACAGAAGAUUAUGACUACUCACAGGCUGAGCUGACAUCUUUCUCAAUCCAAAAUCUGCCCCAACCAACUACAGUUCCACUUGGUUAUCCAGAGUCAAGCUCCACCUUAAAUGAUGAUAGAAGAAGUGCACUGAGGGAUUCUCAAAAAAAAGCUGAAACAGAGAAGAGCACUGACGACUUGCGUAACGAAGGUCCAACCAGCACAACGAUUCAAAAAGAAACAUCAACACUUCAAACAACAACUGCACAGCCAAUGACUUUGGAGAAUCACAGACAGCAGCGGAAGACGGACAGAAACAGCAGUACAAGAGCUGUGGCACAUAACACAGAUCUGAGGCACUUUCACCAACAUAAACAGACUCAAGGUAGUCAUGAUAGGAACCAUGACUUUACCCGCUCUGGUAGGCAAAAUGGUCAACAAGAAGUCUCAAUGGGGCACAUGCAAACUCCUAAUGUGAUGGAUCGGGGCUUGGAAUCCACUAUCCAGCUCCGGCCCACCAGGAUGACUGCUGUCAGGAUAAUGGAGGAUGGGGAGCUGCCCCCAAAACAACCUCAAGACCUGCCCAACUAUCAGCCCCAGGAUGUUGAGAGAGAGUUAGAAGUGUCAGUCAUGGAGCUAGUGGAAGCCUGUUGUGAGACUGGUGCAAAAUGGGCUUUUAAUGGUCACUGUAACAACAUGGAGCCACCCACUAAAGACACACAGUCCAUCUGCUGGACGUCUCAGCAACAGUGCUGCCUCGGCUCCUUGAGAGAAAGACGAUGUCUGGCUGGAAUCAGCUCAGCCAGAGACGGAGAUAAGUGCGAGGAGGAUGCCAGUGAUACGUGCGGGCUCAGUUCCUACAAGGAGUGCUGUGACUGCUGCUCCCUUGGUCUGAAGUUCAGGAGCAAGGGUCACGAGUGCAAAGCCCACCGACACAUGGGCCUUCACUGCAGACAGGCGUUCUUUUUAUGCUGUGAUGGGAUGGAGACAUGGGAUGAGAGUCAUGACAGCUCACAUGCCGUUAAAGAGAAGCCCGCUCUUAGUGCCACUUCACCACCAAAAAAAGUGUCUGAAAGCCUCUACCCGAACGAGGCCUUCUCCAUUGGUGAAGAGCGACUCGGGGAAAAUGCGGCGGAGGGGCCAAUUGAAGUGGAGGACAUAGACGAGUGCCAGAUCCAUGAGGGCAACAUCUGCCACCACAGAUGCAUAAACACACCAGGCUCUUUCCGCUGCGAGUGUUUCCCAGGAUACGUGCUGCAAGACGACGCUUUCACUUGUGCACAGGAGACAGUGGAUGAAGAGAACAUACUGAAGGAGGAUGACAGGCAGGGGGUGGAGCCCACCGCGUCUUUUACACCCCCCACCCGGCCCUUGGUGCCACUCAACCCCUGUGAAGGAAACGGCCCUUGCGACCAACAUUGCAUCCCAGAGGAUGGGAGGCCACAUUGCUCUUGUUUCCCAGGCUUCUCCCUCAUGGUCGAUAAACAAUCCUGCCAAGAUAUUGACGAGUGUACUGAAGGGAGCCAUGACUGUAUGUCCGAUUAUGAGUGCGUGAAUACAGAAGGCUCGUUCAUGUGCAACCUCAAAUCUCGCUGCUCCGUUGGAUUUGAACGGGACGCACAUGGCAACUGUAUAGACACAGAUGAAUGUCAGACUGAACCGUGUAGUUCAGGCUUUGACUGCAUCAACACAGUGGGGUCCUACACAUGCCAACGGAGGAUAAUAUGCGGCCGUGGAUAUCACAUCAGUCCUGAUAGAAGCAGAUGUAUUGAUGUGGAUGAGUGCCAAAGUGGCGCUCAUCGAUGCGGAGAGGGCCAGCUGUGCCACAACCUUCCAGGAUCUUAUCGCUGUGAAUGUCAGACUGGUUAUCAGUACGACUCCUUCGGCCGCAUGUGUGUUGAUGUAAACGAGUGCUGGCACUACCCUGGCCGUUUAUGUGCUCAGACCUGCGAGAACACGCCGGGCUCCUAUCAGUGCUCAUGCACCACCGGAUUCCGCCUUUCCAGCGAUGGCAAUAACUGUGAAGAUGUGAAUGAGUGUUUGUCUAGUCCUUGCAGUCAGGAGUGCGCCAACAUUUACGGCUCCUAUCAGUGCUACUGCAGGCAAGGCUACUUCUUGCGAGAGGAUGGCCACACGUGUGAAGAUAUCGAUGAGUGUUCUCAAAGCAUCGGCCAUCUUUGCACUUACAAGUGCGUGAACGUUCCUGGCAGUUACCAGUGUGCGUGUCCAGAGUCUGGAUACACCAUGUCUCCAAAUGGACGCUCCUGCAGAGAUGUUGACGAGUGCACCACGGGAGCUCAUAACUGCUCUCUAGCGGACACCUGCUACAACAUCCAGGGAGGCUUCCGCUGCCUUUCGCUGAACUGCCCGCCAAACUACCGCAAAGUGUCUGACACGCGCUGCGAGCGAAUCAGCUGUCCCAACUACCUGGAGUGCCAAAACUCGCCCCUUAGAAUCACCUACUACUACCUCAGUUUCCAGUCCAAUAUCGUCAUCCCAGCUCAGAUCUUCCGCAUCGGACCGUCACCUGCCUACACAGGGGACAACGUCAUCGUCAGCAUCACAAAGGGAAAUGAGGAAGGCUACUUUAGUACCCGAAAGCUAAAUUCCUACACGGGCGCCGUGUACUUACACCGACAGGUCGAGGGCCCCAGGGACUUUCUGAUUAAUGUGGAGAUGAAGCUUUGGAGACAGGGCACCUUCACCACCUUUCACGCCAGGAUUUACGUCUUCAUCACAGCCAGCUCUCUGUAA